AUGUCUGCCCGCUAUUCGGUGCUGCUCGCGCUGGCCCUGCUCGGCGUCCACCUCGACUACUCCCGCGCCGUCAAGUGCUACAGGUGCCACUCCGGCCAGGGCUACGACGGUUCCUACCACCCGGACUGCAUGCAGGGCAGCAAAGACAUGCCGACUUGCGAGGACGAGCAGUGCUACGCUCAGAUCGACGUGGAUGGAAAGGUUAUGCAGCGAUCCUGCGGCCGGAAAGAGCCAACCAUCACCUGCGCCCCGCAUAAAGGGAUUGACGGCGUUAUGCGGGUGGACUGUGGGUGCGACACUGACCUGUGCAACAACUGGGAACCGGCCACCCUGAAGGCCAAAGCGGCCACCUCAUCCAUCCCCUACCACAUCGCCAUCGCCGUCGUCGGCGCCAAGAUGAUCGCCUGUUUC